AUGUUAUUAUCGCAAGACGAAGCUGUCGCCCUUGCGGCGGGGGCCUCGACUGGUAUCAUAGCGGAUCUCAUUCUCUUCCCUCUCGAUUUUCUAAAGACCCAUGCACAGGGCAAUAACAUCCCACCCAUCCCCCCGGCAGCAGCGCCAGCAGGUCUUGCUGCUGCGGCGUCCGCUGCAGCUCCUGCUGCUGCUACCGUUACUUCUGCAGCAGCUGGAUCUCCCCCGACCAGCAGCUCGCGUAGUGGGGCACAUUUGGCCUCAGGCCGACCUCCUGCUGCUUCGAAUGCUGCUGCUGUAACUUCUCGCGAGCAGAUAGGGUCUCGUUCCGGUGUACGAUGUCGGGGGAGGCGGAGGGCGCUGAGCAGUUGUUACGGCGGGAUUGCAGCUCUGGCUAUGGGCAGCAUGCCGUCUUCUGCAGGUUUCUUUGUGGUGUAUGAGAUGGCGAAAGAGAAGUUGAAACGCCUGAAUACCGACGCGCCGCUGGCAUCAAUGCACAUCGCCGCAGCAGCCGUAGCGGAGUCGAGCGCCUGUGUCAUUCGAAAUCCAUUUGAGGUGGUCAAGCAGCAGGUGCAGUUGGGCCUGCAUGCAUCGACCGCUGAGGGUUUUUCGGCUGUCUGGCGGUUGGAGGGAAUGCGCGGCUUCUUCGUGGGGCUCGGCACUUCAAUGCUGCGGGAUGUACCGUUUGCUGCAAUGCAGCUUUCUUUGUGGGAGUGGUUUAAGCUAAAAGCGUUAGGGGAAAAUCCUCCUUCUACCAGCGUCACGACUGUGGUAUCUGGGGCGUCAGGAAUGGUUGCAGGAGCCGUUGCCGCCGUAGUGACAACUCCGAUGGACGUCGUGAAAACGCGUCUAAUGACCCAAACUCCAGGAACGCGUGAAGUGAGUUCCUCGACGCAGGAGCUGCAUGCAACUGUUCAGGCGGAGGAAGCCUUUACGGGUGUUGCUAUGAAGUAG